AUGAAAAGUUUAAAAUUGAAUUUAAUUGCUGCAGCUUGUGAAAAUAUGGGCAUUGGAUAUAAAGGUGAUUUGCCGUGGUUUCUCAAGAAUGAAUUAAAGUAUUUUUCGAAGACUACAAAGAAGAUCAGUGACACAUCCAAAAAGAAUGUUGUGAUUAUGGGACGGAAGACAUACUUUGGAGUUCCAGAAAGCAAACGUCCACUUCCAGAAAGAAUUAAUGUAGUUUUGACAACAAAACCUGAUGAUUAUGAAUUCCCAUCAAGUGUAGUUGUCGCUAAAAGCUUAAAUGAAGCCCUCGAAAAGAUCCAAAGUCCAGAUCUGGAUUCUCAAAUUGAAAAUGUAUGGAUUGUCGGUGGAUAUUCAGUAUAUAAAGAAGCCAUGGAAUCUCCAAUGUGUCAUCGAAUCUACUUAACAAGAGUUAUGGCUGAAUUUGAAUGUGAUGCCUUCUUUCCUGAACUGACUGAUAGUUUUAAGCGCAUUCCAAAUGAUCCAGACAUUCCAGACGAUAUUCAGGAAGAAAAUGGAAUUAAAUAUCAAUAUCAAGUCUAUGAAAAAGUUAAAUAA